CCCACCAAUCUGGUUCUUAAUUGCAGAAAAGGUGGUCGAUAUGGGUAUGAGAACAAACUGGUCAAAGUCGAAAAAUAUGUGAAGGCAUGUUGCGAAGGAUACUAUCAGACCAAGGACAAUGUUUGUAAACCGGAAUGCGAGCCACCAUGCAAAAAAGGUCGUUGUGUCGCGCCGAAUGUCUGCGAAUGUGACUCGGGCUAUGGAGGGAAGCACUGCACUUCAACCUGCUCCGUUGGAUAUGUGGGACUUCAUUGUCAGAGAAAGUGCGAAUGUGACAACGGGGCGAACUGUGAUCCAGAAACUGGCGCUUGCAUCUGUGGUCCAGGAUUCACGGGCAUCAAAUGCGAAAAGCUGUGCCCACCUGACCGUUAUGGUCCCAACUGCACUGAGAAGUGCCUUUGUCAGAACGGUGGCAGGUGUGAUCGCAACGGAAAAUGUGAGUGCCUAGAUGGAUUCGCCGGCGAGUUUUGCCUUCGAAAAUGCGAUGAAGGCAAAUUCGGUGCAAAUUGUAAAUUCGAAUGCAAUUGUAAGAAUGGAGCCACUUGUGAUGCUGUCAAUGGUCGAUGUAUUUGUGCAGCUGGUUUCAGUGGCCCAACUUGCGAAGAUCGGUGUGCAUUGGGUUUCUUUGGAAAGAACUGCUCAAAGCUGUGCGACUGCCUGAACAACAACAAAUGCGACUCGGUCACUGGGAAAUGUCUCUGUGUGGGAUGGAUGGGAGAAAAAUGCGAGCGUGGAUGCCCUAAAGGCUUCUUACGGCCCUAUGGUGAGCCACAGUUUUUUAUUAUUUGUUGGCUUCAGUGCUCCAAGAAGUGUGAACUUUGCAACGGUAUCUCAUGGACGGAUUCAAAUGCGGCAUGUGAUCCGGUGACUGGUGCGUGCAAGUGCGAGCGAGGAUACAAAGGGCCUGACUGUAAACAAAGAGUGUGUGACGAAGAUAUGUAUGGCGGAGGCGCGCAAAACAGUGCCUGUUUAUGGGAAAACGGAAUGAAGGUGCUACCUAUUAGGUCAAGUCGGGAUUGUGCGAACAAAUGUGAAUGCGACUACAACGUGACGUCAGAGUGUGAGCCAACAAGCGGUAGAUGUGUUUGCUUACCGGGUCGAACCGGAGCAAAAUGUGCCGACGACUGCCCAGACGGUCAUUUUGGUUUGGACUGUGCGUUCAAGUGCCAAUGUGGAGAGAACGGUGUAUGUGACAAACGAGAUGGCUCCUGCAAAUGCCGUAAUGGUAAGUCUCAGUGA